GCGCUCCCCGAUUGGGCCGGCGGCCGCCGGGGAGCGGGGGCAGCACGUUGGGAUGCGCGCUACUUAAGGUCCCGCUGCGUGAGCCAUUGACGUGUUUGGAGCUGGAGACGGCCUGGGCGCUGGUGAAGCGGCCGCCCGAGGAAGAAGACAGUUAGGAUGUCCGUGGUAACUGGAAGGCUGAGAGAUCCUGACAUAAAUCCUUGCUUGUUGGAAUCUGAUGCUUCUACCAGAUGUAUGGAUGAGAAUAACUAUGAGAGGGGAAGGUGUUCCACUCACUUCCUGAAGUACAAAAACUGCCGGAAGUUCUGGAAUGCUAUCAUGAUCCAGAGAAGACGGAAUGGAGUGAAGCCGUCUAUGCCUACAGCAGCAGAGAGAGACAUAAUCUUGGGAGCAAUGGGCAAGAUGCCCUAUUGAGUGUUUGCAUUAAAGUGGUUUAUUUAACUCAGAA